AUGAAGACCAAAAAUUUAGACCAAAAACAGCUGCACUUUUUUCAAGGCAAAAAGAGGAUUACACACAGCAGUAGAGUAUUAUAUAUCUACUUAUUAUCACUAUACAAAAAUCAAAUACUAAUGGGAGAAAACAAAAACGCGAUGCCGAUUUUACGGAAACGGCAACUGAAAAGAAGACUUUUAUGCUGUGCAGUCUUGUUUUUGAUUUUGGGAGCGCACGUGUGGAAAAAUCGAUUGCGUGAUGAAGAUUCUUUUAACGACGACGAUGAUGAUGAUGAUGAUGGAUUGAUGAGAAAAAAUGCGAACGAGGACGGGAGGAAGAAGAGUUUACGAAGCAGAGGAAGAGGAGAUGAUGAUAUAGAUGAUACAGAUGAUGAUAUAGAUGAUGAUGAUGAUAACGAUGAUGAUGUGACGAAUAAUAAUAAUAAAGUGGAACGACUCCACACGAACACGAGAGUUCCAGAGUUUGCCUUUGGAGGCCAAUGGGGAGCAACCAGAAACCAAGCGAAACUAAACGAGCGCACGUCGCCGACGUUCGGGUGCCACGCGACGACGUCCAUGCACAUCAAAAAUCCAGACACGGAUAAACUGGAAGUUCUCGUCGCGUGGUUCGGCGGUUCCUACGAAGGCGCCGAGGACGUCGGCAUUUGGACGGCGAGGAGAGACGAAGAGACCGGGAUGUGGACGAAACCAAAGUUAGCCGCGAAGAAGUUUAGAAAUAAACCGUACGAAGGGAAGAACUUGAAACAUAACUCGCCGUAUAACAAGCCAGAGCCGGAACGGAAAGGAGGCGAGCCGCAUUGGAAUCCGGUUUUGUUUUGCGCCGGCGCCGGCGAAUCGGACGGGGACGGGGCGAGUUUAGGAUCGUGCGAGAAGGAAAUCGUCUUGUAUUUUAAGCUCGGGUGGAAGAUUUGGUUCUGGGAGACGUGGGAGGUGAGGUCGCGAGACGGUGGGAACACCUGGUCCGAGCCGAAAGAGACGGUGAAAAACGAUAAAGGAGGGAGAGGACCGGUGAAGAAUAAACCAAUCGUGUUAUCGGACGGGACGUGGCUCGCGCCGGCGUCGUUGGAAGGGCCAAUGCCCGGCCAAAAAAGGAAACAAUGGCGCGCGUUUGCGGAUAUUUCUAUCGAUUUAGGUAAAACGUGGAAACCGAGCUCGAUUAUUUUACCGAGCGAGAACGGGUACGGGAACAUUCAGCCGACGGUGUGGGAGAGCGAGCCCGGGCACGCGCACAUGCUUCUCAGAUCCUCUCGAGGUCGAAAAGGGAUGUGGAUUUGGCGUUCAGAUUCUAAAGACGGCGGGAAGACGUGGACGCAAAGUAGAAAAACAAAGUUACCGAACAACAACUCCGGUUUAGACGUCGCGUAUUUACCGAAAUCGAAAGUGCUCGUGUUGGCGUACAACCACGUCAUGAACGUCGACUCGCGAUCGCCGAUUCGAUUAGCCAUAUCCAAAGAUAACGGCGAAAACUGGGAGUUACAAGUGGAAUUAGAUAACGAGAAAGGGUCGGUGCAUAACGCCGGUCACGAGUACUCGUACCCGUCGUGCGUCCCUUGGCCGGCGAAGGAGUACGGCGAGGAAGGCGUUUCGGUGACGUACACGUGGCACAGAAGACGCGUGGCGUUCUUCUCGGCGAGUUUGCGGGAACUUUUGAAAAUGGCCAAGCCGAACGACCAAUUAACGAUUUAG